AUGGAAAAUUCAGAUCAUAACAAGAAAUCUUUGAGAAGAAGCAGUAAUAAUCAUACAUCAAUGUCUGAUACUGAUUCGACAACGAGCCAAGUCGAGUUUUAUUCUCCUCUACGAUAUGACUCACCGCUUCGUUCAGAUGAUUUUCAUGUUGAAAAUGAUAAGUAUGGUAAUGGAAGUAAUAGAGCUAUUGUUGCUGUUGAUACGCAUUAUUCCCCAUUUCCGUUGCCGCCCGGAAAACCCAAUUUACCGGCGAGUUCUCCGGCUGUUAGAGGGAAGGGAUGGAAGCCCUGGCCUCAUUCUGAAAAGCCCACGUCGGAAAAUCUUGAUUUUCCUGCGAGUCAAGGGAUGCUCAGGUCAGAGAAUCUAGAUUUUCCGGCAAAGAAUGGACGGGAUGGUGCUCGUGGUCCACCUGUAUCGGGGCUUAACCGGUAUUAUGUAAGGGAUGAGGUGGAGGAGGGGUACGGUGGAGGCGGUGGGGAGGAUGAGGUGGGCGGAGAGUGGCGAUCGAGGGCUGCUGGGGAAUCGAUAUUGGAGAGGUCAAAGGCGGAGUUUAAAAUGAAGAAGGUUGCAUUGUUUUUUAGAGUGUUUGAAGUGACAGCUUGCUUGAUUUCGUUUUCUGUAAUGGCUGCCGAUAAAACUCAAGGGUGGAGUGGCGAUUCAUUUGAUCGGUAUAAAGAGUACAGGUAUUGUCUAUGCGUGAACAUUAUUGGAUUCGUAUAUUCUGGAUUUCAAGCAGUUGGUUUGGCCCAUAAUUUGGUCACGGAAAAUCACGUCUUCGCUGGUUAUCUACCAUACCAUUUCGAUUUCUCAAUGGAUCAGAGUCUGGCUUAUCUUCUAAUAUCGGCAUCAUCCUCAGCAGCUACACGAGUGCACGACUGGAUAUUGAAUUGGGGACAAGACGAGUUCACAUUGCUGGCCAGUGCAUCUGUAGGGAUGUCGUUCAUGGCUUUUCUUGCCUUCGCCAUUAGUUCUAUCAUAUCGAGUUUCAAGCUCUGGGAUCGUGUUUCAACUUAA